AUGGAGGACGUCGACGACGACACUGAACUUCUGAUCCUCCUAUCCGAGCAACGCCGUGAACUCACGGCCGCUAUUGCCGCCGAUUUCGACCUUGAUUUCGCCUUCCAGCUGCAAAUGCAAGAGGCGAUCAAAGUCUCUUCGGCCUCUCAACCUUCUUCCUCCUCCUCCUCGUCUUCUUCUCACCAACCUUUGCUCCUCCUAAGCGAAGUCACAGAUUCCCCUGCCGGCAUCGCUCAUCUCAUCGCGGAAGAAAUCGACAAGUUUGAGCUCGAACGCAACGACCGGGAGUUAGUCGAAGCGGAAACGAGAAACAUGAAGGAGAAUCUCAACCGUCUGAUACACGAUCAGGUCUUCGCUCGCCAGAUACUUGACGUUCCUGAGGCUGAGUGGAUAAGAACUGGAGAUUACAUUGAGAAACCCUACGGAUUGUUGCCUUCGUCGAAUGAGGAGGUUUUUAGGAUAUAUGUCAAGGGUUUGGUGAGUGAUGAGACGGUUAUGAAUGUGAAAAUGCCGUUUGCUGGGAUUGGAGUCGCGAUUUGUGAUACAAGCGAUUGUUGUGUAUUUGAGUUGCGGAAACCCUAUUUGCUUGGUGGAAACGAAGGUGACGGUGAUCUGGUAGAGCUUAAAGCUUUGAUUGAAGCGCUGAAUGCUGCUGUUACACUUGGGAUAAAACGAGUUCAUAUCUUCUGCGAUAGCAAUUCUGUUUAUCGACAUCUCACUGGUAAAGGACACACAACAAACAACAAGAUUGUGACAUUGAUUGAUGAGCUGAACCUUAUUCAGAGAAAAUUUGCUCACUGCAGCCCAUUCCUUGUGACUCAAAACAAUGUAAAGUUUGCUUGUCAACUUGCAAGAGAUGCAAUAGUUUCUCAGGCCAACAAAUUUGUAGAAAACAAUUCUGGGAAGACAUUACUGGAAGAAUGUACAAUCUGUUUCGAAUCCACCUACAUCGCUCAGAUAUUUUCUAUCAACAAGUGUGAGCACAGAUACUGUUUUUCCUGUAUGAGAAAGCAUGUAGAAGCAAAGUUGCAUCAAGGGAAGCUACCCGAAUGUCCACAUGAAAGCUGCAAAUCUGAGCUUGAAAUCGAGAGUUGCAAGAAGUUCUUGGAACCGAAACUAUAUGAUAUAAUGAGCUCAGUGAUAAAAGAAGCUUCUAUUCCUCCAUCAGAGAAAGUGUAUUGCCCAAUUUCUAGUUGCUCUGCUUUAAUGUCUAAAACAGAGGUCCAAGAACUUGCUGCUAAUUUCUCACGUGUUGCCCUAGAAGCUGGAAUGAGAAGAUGUGGGAAAUGUCUUCGCCUCUUUUGUAUCAAUUGCAAUGCACCUUGGCAUUAUAACAUUAAUUGCUCUAACUACAAGCAACCUGAAAAUGAGGCAAAACUCAAGUCACUUGCUACAAGGAAACGUUGGCGUCAGUGUGUCAAGUGCAGGAAUUUGGUUGAAUUGGCAGCAGAUGUGGAUAUGAGUUUUGCUAUACGUGUGGAGCUGAAUGGAUUCAGAAGAAAGCAACUUGCAGAUGUCCAAUUUGGGAUGAGGGGAACAUCAUAUAUCGAUGAUGUGAUGGAUCAGGUUUUUUCUUCUUAA